CAGAUAAGAUCGUGAGUACGAGUGUCGAGUUCGGGCUUUGAAAGAUCAAGCUUUUGGCAAUGGUAACUAUUACUUUGAAAUACAUUGAGGUGGAGAUAUUCAGCAGACUACUUGAAUUUCCUUGGAUUUGAAGCACUAUACUAAGCCUCUAGGUCGAAAGUCUUCCGAAAAACUGACACAGCAGUGGUGAAAUCUCAACGAUGUCGGAGCUUUCAGACAUCUUAGGCGCGUACGGCGCGUCAGCUGACGUAUCCAAGUCACUGCAUAAGAAGCUGGAUGACAGUACUGCCGUUGCACCAGUCACAACACCACACCACAAGCAGUCACACUCACUGACUCGCCGCCGCCAGUAUGCUGCACCUGGCUCUGGCAGUGCUGCCGUUAGAGGACCCGACACGCCGUCCUCCUUCACCAAUCAGAAACAGACUCCGGCGUCGCAGAGGUUUGAAAGUCGUCAGAACUCCGGGACCGUGUCAGCCACGCUGAAUGACAGUAAUUUGCCCGUGCCGAGCUCCUGGCGUGGUACCUGCAGUCAAGUCUGCCUUUCAUCAGUGGAGCGCACCAGUGUCGUUGCCAAGCCGUACGCCUACAUGUUCCAGAAGGUCUCCUCGAAAGUAGCCGCACUGGAUGACUGGCUGGCAGAACUUGAAGAUCAUUUCGCCAAAGCCCUGGAACUGCCUGACAGAGGUCAUCCCGGAGUUGCCAGCCAGACGGAGAUGACGACCGUUGGCCGCGUAUGCUGUGACUGCGAGAGUGAGCGUGUGCGUGCCAAUGCCUCUUCAUUGGUCCUGGAGUGUUCCAGUGAGUUUGCUGGAUGCCGAGUGCCGCUGAACCUGAAGUCAGUCACAGAUGCAUCGCUCUUUCCCGGACAGGUGGUGGCCCUUGACGGUAUGAACACAGUUGGUAACGAAUUCUGCGUCUCCAAAGUGCACAAGUUGCCCGUUCCUCCCCUGCCAGCUCCAGCAACUAUCGCCGAGCCACUAUCCAUAGCCAUAGCUGCCGGUCCGUUCUCUGUGGAUGACAAUCUCACAUAUCAACCUCUGAUAGAGCUCAUGGCAAAGGUGGCUGAGGAGCCGCCAGAUGUCCUCCUGCUGAUUGGUCCGUUCGUUGAUACAAACUCAGAGGAAGUGAAGAAAUGUUCUGUUGACAUGCUGUAUGAUGAUUUCUUCCGCGCGCUGGUUGAGCAGAAGAUUGUAUCUCAGCUUCCGGCAAGCACACAUCUCGUUUUAGUACCAUCCAGUCGUGACAUCCACCACCACAGUGUCUAUCCGCAGCCGCCGUUCGCCUCAUGGUCAGCUCUCAAGAAGGACAACAUUCACCUCUUCUCUGACCCGGCGUGUGUAUCAAUCAAUGGCGUCGUCUUAGGCUGGACUUCGGUGGAUGUUCUCAUGCAGCUCAAUCGCCAAGAGGUUGUUCUUGGCAAUGCCGGUGACAAGCAGUCGCGUCUACCUGCACAUAUCCUACAGCAAAGGAGUUUCUGCCCGACGUUUCCGCCACCGAAGGGUGUAAACAUGGAGGUUGAUCAGCUGUUGAUGGAGCACAACUUCAUGCCAUGUACACCUCAUGUCCUCAUCCUACCGUCAGAUUUCACCCGUGGUUUCAUCAAGAACGUUAACGGCUGUGUUUGCAUCAAUCCAUCGCGCCUCUCCAAGGGCCUCUUCUCGCGCAUGCUCAUCAAGCCAUCCUCUUCUGCUGCCGGCAGCAGUCUGGCAUCGACAUCAGUAACCCAGCUUGUCAACAUCUAAGGCCUACUUUUUGUAGCUUACAAUACGAAUUGAAACUCAUGCCGGCUAGAUUCAAUGCGCUAAUUGUAGCUGGAGUACAUAACGUUAUAAAGCCGCCGUGCGUGCUUCUUGUUUGUAGAUAUUUGUUGUAUACUAAAGUCUUAUUGUACAUACUGAGUACAUACAUGUGUAUUUCAAAGAUAGCGAAGUCGUUUGAGUGCCCUUUUGAAGACACGUGGUCAUCCGUGAGAGUAGUCUAUAGACAUUUUUAGAAGCUGUAUUCUUUAUUUCAAUUUUCCUUUUUUUGUCAGUUGCUUUGUUGGCAUGGUUGCAUUCAACAGUUCUCAGGUGCUUGUCAUUAAUUUUUACCAAUACUACUUACUACAAUAGUCAUGGUAGCUCUACAUGAACUAUCACUAGCACUCUCUUUUUUUUAACCUUUUCUCUGCCCCAACUUCUAGGCGGAACAAGACUACUUGUACAAAAAGGAACGAAACUGCCGUUGCGUGUCAGUUAUCCAGCA